CGAAUAUGCACCAAAAAAUGUGACUGUCGCUGUCAUCAGUAUAGAUGAAGUGAUGGAAGGAAGUGAUAUGAAGUUGCAAUGUAACAGCUUCUCCAAUCCUGCUAUAUAUAAUUAUGAAUGGUACAAAGGGAAAUCCAAAUUACCAGACACAGGACGGGAGAUCACAGUAAGGAAUGUGACCAGGGACAUGGAACCCUAUUCCUGUGCUGCAAGAAAUCAUUUGGGUAGAGGAGAAUCAGCCCCGACAGAGAUACCUGUACAAUAUGCACCAAAAAAUGUGACUGUCGCUGUCAUCAGUAUAGAUGAAGUGAUGGAAGGAAGUGAUAUGAAGCUGCAAUGUAACAGCUUUUCCAAUCCUGCUAUAUAUAAUUAUGAAUGGUACAAAGGGAAAUCCAAAUUACCAGACACAGGACGGGAGAUCACAGUAAGGAAUGUGACCAGGGACAUGGAACCCUAUUCCUGUGCUGCAAGAAAUCAUUUGGGUAGAGGAGAAUCAGCCCCGACAGAGAUACCUGUACAAUAUGCACCAAAAAAUGUGACUGUCGCUGUCAUCAGUAUAGAUGAAGUGAUGGAAGGAAGUGAUAUGAAGUUGCAAUGUAACAGCUUCUCCAAUCCUGCUAUAUAUAAUUAUGAAUGGUACAAAGGGAAAUCCAAAUUACCAGACACAGGACGGGAGAUCACAGUAAGGAAUGUGACCAGGGACAUGGAACCCUAUUCCUGUGCUGCAAGAAAUCAUUUGGGUAGAGGAGAAUCAGCCCCGACAGAGAUAUCUGUACAAUAUAAAGUCCUCAGUUCUACAAACAUUAUAAUUCCAGCAACUAUUGGAACAAUCUUCUCUCUGCUACUGCUUGCAUUGGUUGCAUUGGCUACAUAUUUUCGUUGGAGAAAAAAAUGCCAGAAAUUAACAAGCAAUGAGACUGAAGCAUCCCCCGUUGCCACAUACACUGACCUGAUAAAACGAGAUAUUGAAAACGAUUAUGAUCAAUUCAAGACUGAAGCAUCCCCCGAUGCCACAUACACUGACCUGAUAAAACGAGAUAUUGAAAACGAUUAUGAAAAAUUCAAGACUGAAGCAUCCCCCGAUGCCACAUACACUGACCUGAUAAAACGAGAUAUUGAAAACAAUUAUGAACAAUUCAAGACUGAAACAUGCGCAGAUGGCACAUACACUGACUUGGGGAAAAAAGACAUGGACAAUGCUUACGAAGAAUUAAAGCCGAACAAUACAUGUAGCUACCCUGACUAUGGGAACCUAAUAUGAGAAAAAUCUAAGAACCUUCCCAUCAUUUACUUCAAGAUAAUAGAAGACGAACAUCACUGAUAGAUCCCUCAACAAACCACGGAUGUUUGGAGUCAUAGAUGAAACAUGGGAUGUACCGCAAAAGGGCUGAAUUAAGUUUAACCACCCAAUGUCUUAUAGGGAAAAUGAAUAACACAACAGACUUUGCUUCUUUUACGGCAACAGCUGGAUUUCCAAAGAGGAAUGCCAAACCGGUACUGUUGAGCAUGCCAAGUGGAGCCAAAUCACCCUUCCCCUAAAGACUCAUUCCAUUUAAUAUUUCUAAUACUUCUCUACAGCUGUUUAGCAGAUACUUUUUCUGACACAGAGCUUCACAUGCCUCACAUGAACUUAUAUGAUCAUCCACCAGGAGAAGAGCCAAAGAAAUGACUACACACUUUUUAUAUCUGGCACUUAAUAUAACCACAGCAUGCAGUGAGCUCCCAAGCUCCCCCUAGUGGUGGCUGCAGGGAGACAAAAUGUUAUUGCUUAAGGGAUCAGCUGUGAAUCACAAAACUUGAGCUGAAAACAAAUCAGUUUGGAAUGUUGGACCUAAAAUAAUGUGGUUAACUAUUAAAUAUAAAAUUUUAUUCUAUCGGCCUUCAAUGCUCAGAUGGUUCCUUUGUAGUGCUGACAAUUUGUUUUUGUACUUUGAGAUUUUGUAUAAGUAGGAGUCCGAUUUAAAUGUUUUCCAUAGUCCUCC